ACUCUCCUCUCGGCCGAGAGGCUGGCACUACAACCCAGCAACACGUGCCUCAACACGAUGCCCACAGGGCCCCGUUAACUCAUCCAGAAUGGCGAACCCCCCCCCUUUCCAUUUCACUUGAGCGUGCGAAUCGCAUGGACAAUAUACGGACAGCAUCUUCCUUCAGAUCAGUUGUGUGCAUUGGAAGAAUGGCAAUAUUUGGGUUUGCUGCUGCUGCUGCGAGAGUAAAAGAGACUUACAGAAUUGCGGUCCCGCUCGAUGCUCUUCUUGCUUUCUUCCAUCAUCGCAUUGUUGUUGGAAGGGAGGACCACCACACCUCCCUGCAAUGCAACCCCUGGCUGUGCGACAAAGGCGCUAGAAUCUACGUUGGUAUGUCCUACCGCCCAAGCCCUUUCCAUAGCCUCUCCCACUUGGGCUCUUGUCUUGCAUCGAUGCAUCCGGCUUGUCAUCGCCGUAGCGCUAGGUCGCUAGAUGCGCAUGUACCGAUACGCAGCGAUCAAGGUGCUUCCGACACGGCUAGUCAUACACGAUGCCUGAGCGGUGCGUGCCAUGAGUGCGCCCACAUGGAAUGUCCAACCACACUGUAAGGGAGGUGGGGAUGAACUUAUGAAAUCGGGCGGAUCCAUAGGACGGUCGCGCGCUAGUAGUAUAUCAACCGGUCGUGAGCGUUCAGCUGGUA